AUGCUGAUCGGGGCCCGGCGUCUCAGGAAGCUGAGAGAGGAGAUCUCCAACGAGUGGCGGGAAGAUCUGAUGCUGUUCGACAAGGAGUCGAACGAGAUCUGGCGAGGAUACCUCGAGAGAGUGAGAGAGAAAGAGGACAAGAACGCUCACAUGCAGUUCCCAGUCUUUGCCCACGACGUGUCAGACAGCAACUGUGGGACGAACUACAGGGGAGGGAACUACGAUCUGCUGAAGCGGUUGUCAACUUUUCUUGCGAUCAAGAAAUUCAUUGCCGAGAAGAAGCGGGGGAACAAGAACGAGCAAACCAGUGCUGAUUGGCUCGAUCGUAUGCUAAUGGUGCAUGGGACAGAUUUUGAAGGAGACGCUGGUUAUGAUGUCGAUCGCAACUUCAUGCAGAUGCUGCUCAAUCAGUCGCCGAGUUUCGUUCGUAACGCAAACGAUGAGAGCCUGGCGCUCGUGGAUCCUGUCGCUGUGGUCGAGCAGUUGCUCGAGUCAAGAUGUGAAAUCGCAAAAACAUGGUGCAAGGAAUUAGAGGACGUGCCAUCAGAUCACACAGAAAUUGCGAGGAAACUGCUUCUUGAACAGCUGAAAGAUUAA